CCGUCGUCGUUGGGCUGACGUGUUCCGCGCGACGGGAUCACCCUCCGUUUCAAAAAAACAACCGAAAAGCCGGAGGAUGGAGAGAGCGUGAAACCGGGCGUCAGAGAGAGACAGGAAGAGGAAGAGGAAGAAAUAUAAACCGGGAGGAAAAUCGGAACAGAGAAGGGAAAUAAGAUCGGGGAGGGGAUAGAGAGUGUGAAACCGGUUGAUAAAUAAAGAGAGAGCCCGAGGGCAGGCGUGGGCUCGGGACAUGGCCACCGAGUUGGGCGGGUGGCUGAACCCGGUGGACAGUGACAUUGGCAGCGGGUCCUGGGACCUGGACCGGGACUUAGAAUCAUUACUGUUUGAUGAACUAAAUGAUUCCAGUGAUGUGCUUGAAGCUUUGAAAAAUCCAUUUGAUAUGGACAUGGAAAUUGACUUCAGUUUGGAAGUCUCACCUUGGGAUGAUGAUCCUUGGGGACCAACAUGCAACAUGUCUCCAGGCAUACAGAUCAUGUCUGAGCCUCAGUCUCCAGCUUCGAGCUGUUCAAUAAUUUCUUCAGAUUCAAUUUUGCAAAACGAAGAACUACUGUACACCUUAUCAUGUCAGUCUUCUCCAGUUUCACCAUGGAGUAAGACCAGUGAUUGCUCUUCUCCAUCAAGAGAGUCAAAGGUGACAAGCUCCCUUGAAGUUCAGUGUGAAGAGUCUGUGCCAGUGAAUGUCACGUCAAAUAUUUCGAAACAGAAACCGAUUCAACCGAAGCCCAUCCUCAUUCCAGCAUUAUCUGUGUCACAGUCUAGCCCGACACUCGCUGGAAAAACGAUUAUAAUUCACCCAGUUCAAAAUGUGGUAUCUGUUUUAAAACAACAACCAGUAAAAAUUUGUCCGGCUCCUUCUGGUCAACCAAUUGUGAUCCCUCAGUCGGCUGUGGUACAGCUUCAGCCCCAAAAUCUUCCUGCUUCUCAACCAGUUAUAAACAUGACUGGUGGAGCCAAUCAUGUUAGCACAGCUCCACUUAGAGUGCUGACACCUGCAAACAAGAGCACUAUGAAUGGAAAUGCUCCAGUGGGAAAAGCUGUCAACUCAACACCUGCACGUGCUACACCCAGCAAUAGGAAGCCAGAUGUAAAUGCAUUAAGACGACAAGAAAGAAUGAUUAAGAACCGUGAAUCAGCAAGCCUGUCCCGGAGGAAGAAGAAGGAAUAUCUGUUGAAUUUGGAGUGCAGGCUUCGAUCUGCACUGCUUGAAAAUGCAAAGCUAAAGAAUGAAAAUGGUUUUCUUCAAAAACAGCUUCAGGAGUUGAUGUCAGAGAAUCAGCAACUAAAAGUUACUACUCCAAAACGAAGAGCUGUAUGUGCCAUGAUAUUGCUGGCAUUUAUUGCACUCAGUUAUGGUCCUGCAAGCAUUUGGGAGAAGCAUUCUGGUGCACUUCAGUCCAGUGGCAGUCCUGCUACUCACAGUAGACAUCUUUUGGGAUUUUCUGAUGAAAACCGAGCCGGAGGCUUUCAGGAAACAACCGAAAAGUUUAGAGAGGAGAACUACAGAAAUGGAAUUUCAAUCUCCGAUAAAAAAGAUCUAAUGGUGGUUAAGAAGGAGCCUCUUCUCUUUGUCAAACGAGCAUGCCAUCCACAAGUUAAUAGGACAGAAUCACUGAGGCUAGCAGAUGAACUCCGUGGGUGGGUACAUCGACAUGAAGUUGUCAGAGUGAAAAUGAGAAAAGGAUCCAAAAUGUUUCAUAAAAUACGAACAGUGUCGAAAUCUACUGAUAAGAAGACUGAUGUAGCCCAGUAUGUUACCGGGAUGUACACAAACAUUGAUAAGAAAGACUCAGGGAGUGAAUUGCAAGUGUAUUACGCUCCAGAUGAACGUUAUCCAAACUUUUUUGAAGCUAUUCGUAGGAGAGGCGAUACCUUUUAUUUGAUAUCAUUUAGAAGGGAUCACCUUUUGCUCCCAGCUAUUAGCCAUAAUAAGACAACCAGACCGAAAAUGUCUCUUGUACUACCAGCAAUGAAAGUGGGUGAAAGUUUCAUCAAUGACCCAAAAGAUCACGAGGUAAUGAUGCAGAUUGAUUGUGAGGUGAUGGCCACCAGAAUUAUUCACAUAAAGUCGUCAUCUAUACCUUCCUUUCUGCAAGAGCAGCGGGAAAAUCACACUAAUUCGUACCAGCAUCCAUCACCUGCACCGACCCAUGCAGCACCGCACAUCAUCACAGAGACCCAUGGGACUGGGUUCAAACUUUACCAAUAGUGCUUGGUUUAAAGCAUAUAACAUCUUGAAUGACUAGAUUAUUUUUCAAAGGGUCAUAGGGUCAACUUAGAAUCUACAGUGUCAUGUGAGUUAAUUUCUGUAUAAUUUGGAAAACAAAAUUAAUAGAGAAGAUUUUUCUUUUUAAUUUGUUAAAACCUUAGCUGAUGUUGUACAGCUUAAAAACAAAAACAGAAAUUGCUGCAAACGCUCAGCAGGUCUGGCAGAAUCUAGAGAGAGAAAUCAAAUUAGUUUUUCGGGGGGGUCCAGUGAGCCAAGUUCUGAGGAAAGAUCACGGGACCCAAACAUUAACUCUGAUUUCUCUCCACAGAUACCACAAGACCCACUGAACUUUUCCAGCAAUUCCUGAUUUUUUUUUCCUCUGAUUUCCAGCAUCCGCAGUUCUUUCAGUUUUCAGUCCAGCUUAACUCAGUUUGAUCUAUGUUAGGUGAUUGUGAAUAUCCACCUAAUUUUUUUUACACAAGUCUAAAUUAAAUUUGGGCAGUUUAAAACAGAAAGUUGCUUCGAACAGAUCGUACUUGUGAAAUGCUUGAAGGGGAAACUAACUAUAUCCAUUCUGUGAAAGCAAUAUUACUAAACAUUCUUUUAAUCUUCUGCAAAAUUGUUGUUACCAAAGCCAGCAUAUCUAUACAGUAAUUCAUCAAUGUAGCUUGAAAUCAAAAUAUCAAAUGAACUCGGAUGCAUCUCAAAAAAAAAUUCAAAGACCACUAAAGAGCUUGUUUGCUUUUAAUUCUACUAAUUAAUUAGCAGUUAGUAGAACAUGAAUGUCCAAUUUUGAAACCUAAUGCUUUUUAUUGACCAGAAAAGCAGCUGUCCAUGAUUUCAUUUUGUUGCUUUUAUAUCAUUGAUAUUUGUCGAUUCAGUGGAGGCUAGAUCUGUGAUUGCAGCACCUAAAAAAUAUGCUGAAUGAUCUGAAGAAGGCCAUGCACAGCAAUGAUGUGAAUAAAUUCUUUAAAAAUUACUGUGGAAGAUUUCAGGUCCAUUCAACACUGGACUUAUUUCCUCCUCUUACCUCCUCCAACUCUGGUUAGACUCUCUCAGGAGUAUUAACCAAGGCUCCUUAAGAACUCAGGUAACUUGUCCUACUUGUUUUCAUUGUUGUUUAACUGCAAGCCAAGUGAGUACAGGCUAUUUGUUCCUUUUCACACACCACACAAAAGGCCAUUCCUACAUGAUUUGAUGGCUCUCUGCCUGCAGGGCAGAAAUCUCGGUUAACUUUUCAUUAUGAGCCUGGCAAUGCUCAGCAAUUUUGUCAUUUUCCAUCAUUGUCCAGGCUGGUAUGAAGCAACUUCACACUACUGAACAAUAAUCAGUCCUCAGUCACUUGCAACAGUAUCAUAGCAUAUUAUAAUGUGGUUCAUGGGCAUUUAAAUUUAAUUUUGAAUUUCCAGUUGCCUUAACUAUUCUUGUCAAGACUUAGCAGUUAAGUAGAAUAUUCUGUACAAUCAAAUGUAAAUUGAAACACUCAUAUCCAAUAUUUUGAUGAAUUCAUCAGUUCACUGGAGUUUAUUAGUUCCUUUGUGAGUGAAUAGCAGGAUUGAUUAAUUGAGGCUCAGUGUUUGCACUUUUGUCUCAAAAUGCACAUCCCUUCCUCGCCCCAUUAUCACCAAGAAUUCCACUUAGCAAACCAUUUGGUCUCAUUCCAGUGUCUGCAACUGUCCCUGUCAAUAACUUAUUAUUUGAAUGCACUCAUUCCAAAGCCAAUAUGUUUUUUUUGUUUGUUGUUCACACACACUUACUCAAGAUUGUUCAAGGUGCAGCCUGAGAAAACUGAUUGUGCAUGCUAAGUUCAGGGUCUUUUAAUUUGUUUCUUACCUACAGCUCAAGAAUUGUGAACUUACUUCUAAAUAAUGUUGCACUUAGCUACAUUUUUGAUGUUCAUGCUUUCCUCCUUGAUAUCAUUUACUUUGAGAUUCAGUCUUUCCAGCUAGUUCUGGAGAAGCUGUGAAGUUGCAAAUGUUCUUAUGCAAUAUUAAAGUUUAUUGUUGGUUUUGUCAAGAAAUUCAUGUCUGCAUUUACAACACCAUUAAAAUUGAUGUUCUGUGGUAAA